AUGGCGUCAAAGCUCGACAACAAAGAUAACCCUUACAUACGCCUGUACUUGAGCCCCGAGGGCAGCGACGUGUCCAUCAUAUGCGGAGACAGCAUCUUUCCCGCUCACAAGAAAGUGUUGGUGAAUCAGUCGGGCUACUUCAGAUGUGCCUGUCACGGGAAGUGGAAGAUCCUGGUGGAAGAAAAAAAGAACAUCGUGCUCAAUGAAGACCAGCCUGUUCUAAUCAGGAAGAUGCUUCAAUUUCUCUACACCGGAAGCUACACUGUUGACACCUAUGGCUUGACCAUCCCCGACCUGCCCAAUGAGCGUCCCAAUACCAUGGUCAAGGCCGACUACCCCGACAGAGGCGAUUAUCCCGACGAGGAUAUCUAUACGCCCUGCUUCCAUGCCAUGUUGUACGCCGUGGCUGUGUUCUACGAGAUCCCCAAGUUGGAAGAGGAGACCAUCAAGAACUUCCGGCAGUCUCUUUGGCAGAUUCGCGAAAAGGAAGGGUUCCAGGCCGCGGUGAUCGAAGUGUAUUACGCGACCAACCCCAGUGAGCGGAAGCUGCGAGACUGCUUGGUCGAAAUGGUGAUUCGCCAUCUGGAGUUUUUCUACCGAAAGGGAAAUGAGCCUCAGAUUCUGGAUCAUGAAAUUCUGGAUUACGUGCCGGAAUUUUGUCGGGAUCUUUGCAUUGCGAGCAUGAUGGCAAAUCGCAGAUUCGAGUCUGAUCUGUUUCAGUACGGAUGCGCUCAUGUGCAGAUGAAAGAAAAGGUGGCCCGGGUUGGCAGAGAGAAUAGUGCACUUCGAGCUGAGCUUCGUCAGUACAAGAAGAAUGCUGAGGAGUGUGACGAAUGA